ACCAAUCGAUUAAUCAGCUAAUCACAGCAGCUCUACACUUAGCCCAUUGUGACUUUACAGGUCCUUUUCUGCAUGAACAAUCAAUAUUAAAGGACACCAAGUUCUUCUUAAACACAACUUGGAUAAACUGAAUCCAUGACUGAGACAACAGUAACAUUGCAGGUUGUUUGAGUAGUUCAUUGUCUCCUUUAAUGACAUUUCUAGGUAGAUCAGCUGAGAGCAGGGUUGCAUCCAUGAGGCCAAAAGGUCCUAAAUUUAAGGGACCAUUAAUGGGACAACCAUUGUCAUUUUUGACAUAACCUUUGUUCAUACUAGUAAGAACAGAGUUUACAACUUGGGAUUUCUGAAACCAUCUUUGUCUGCCUCACUUCAUGCUGCGUGGGUAGUCGGUCUCUUUUGUUGGACCUCCCUCCUCUGGCUGAAAGUAAGCCAUGCCCAGAUAAAUCACUCCCACAGACUGGUAAACCUGCACACUGGGGCCGCAGACUGGAGAGGAGCGGACUGAACGGGAAGAUCAAGAACGCGGCAUUAAUUAAGAGUUGCACUGGAGCCGACUUCUCUCCGUCUCUGGUGAAAUAAACUUUGCACAAGGAGAACCUGUAGUAACUGCGCCGAGUGGCUCGCAUUAUGUCCGGCAGCACUAUAGCCAGGGUGCUGGUUGCGCUCUGUAUCGGGAGCGCGGUGAACUGCAUGCCCCAAGGGAAGCACAGGAAUCGGCGACAGUCGCAGCCGCAUCACGUCUCCUCAGUAUCUCAGGAUGGCUGUUUAGAGAACGGUCAUUUCUAUGGCCUUAAUGACCAGUGGGAACGCCCAUACUUGGGUAGCACUCUGAUCUGUACCUGCCAUGGAGUUGCUGGUAUCAAGUGUAAAAGCAAACCUGAAGCCGAGGAGAAAUGCUAUGAUAAGAUCAACCAGCAGUACUACACUGUGGGAGAAACCUACGAGAGACCCAAGGACGGCAUGAUCUGGGACUGUACCUGUAUUGGAUCUGGGAGGGGCAAGAUCAGCUGCACCAUUGCCAAUCGCUGUCAUGAGGGAGGGGCUUCAUAUAAGAUAGGUGACACCUGGCAGAGACCCCAUGAAACAGGAGGCUACAUGUUGGAGUGUGUCUGUCUGGGUAACGGCAAGGGAGAGUGGACCUGCAAGCCUGUCUCUGAGCGUUGCUACGACAACGCGGCGGGAACAUCCUAUGUUGUUGGGGAGACGUGGGAGAAGCCAUACCAAGGAUGGAUGGUGGUGGACUGCACCUGUCUAGGAGAAGGAAGUGGCCGCAUCACAUGUACUUCUAGAAAUCGCUGCAACGACCAGGAUACUCUGUCCUCCUAUCGUAUUGGAGAUACCUGGACCAAGAACGAUGCCCGAGGCAACCUGCUCCAGUGUCUGUGCACAGGGAAUGGCCGAGGGGAGUGGAAGUGUGAGCGACACGCUUCACUUCACACCACUGGCCUGGGCACUGGCUCUCGUGUAGUCACUAACAUCCAGCCUGCGGUCUACCAACCAUCCACUGUGACUGAGCAACCUCAGGAUGGACCCUGUCGGACAGAUACAGGGCUGUCAUACUUUGUCGGCCAUCGCUGGAUUAAGAACCAGGGAACCAAGCAGAUGAUCUGUACCUGUCUGGGCAAUGGAAUCAGCUGUGAACAAUGGGAUGGACCAGCUCCAGUAUACGGUGGCAACUCUGGCGGUCAGCCCUGUGUGUUCCCCUUCGUCUACAAGGGGAAGACCUACCACUCUUGCACCUCUGAUGGACGAAGUGACGGACAGCUCUGGUGUUCCAUCUCCUCUGACUUUGAUGCAGAAGAGAAAUAUUCCUUCUGUACAGAGAAGAAUGCGAUUGUGGCAACACGAGGCGGUAAUUCCAAUGGUGCUCUGUGCCAGUUCCCCUUCCUCUACAAUGGCCGAAACUACACUGACUGCACUGCAGAUGGGCGUAGAGACGGCAUGAAAUGGUGUGGCACCACAACAAACUAUGAUGAGGAACAACGUUUUGGGUUCUGUCCCAUGGCUGCCCAUGAAGAAGUAUGUACAACCAACGAAGGGCUGAUGUACCGCAUUGGAGACCAGUGGGACAAACGCCACGAUGUUUUGGGUCACAUGAUGCGGUGUACCUGUGUCGGCAAUGGGCGAGGAGAAUGGAGCUGCGUUGCCUACUCCCAGCUUAAAGACCAGUGUAUUGUGGAUGGUCUGACCUACGAGGUGAACCAAACCUUCACCAAGCAACAUGAAGAAGGCUACACAAUGAACUGCACCUGCUUCGGACAGGGGCGUGGCCGCUGGAAGUGUGAUGCCAUUGACCAGUGCCAGGAGCCAGAGACGCGAGCUUUCUAUCAGAUCGGAGAGUCUUGGGAUAAAGUCAUCAAUGGAAUCAUGUACAAGUGCUAUUGCUAUGGCAACGGCGUUGGAGAACUCAGCUGCGAGCCCCAGCAGUCCUACCCUGGUGGUCAUCGUCCUGUCCAAGUAAUCAUAACAGAAUCUGGAAACCAACCCAACUCCCACCCUAUUCAGUGGAAUGCCCCAUCCUCUGCUCACAUCACCCAGUACAUCCUCAAAUGGAGAGUGAAAAAUACUCAAACCCCAUGGAGGGAGGUGUUGAUCCCUGGUCAUCUUAACUCCUACACCAUCUCUGGUCUGAAGCCGGGCAUUACCUAUGAGGGUCAGCUGAUCAGUGUGCUGCGAUAUGGACGUCGAGAGAUCACACGCUUUGACUUCACCACCAAUUAUGGAUCACUGGCUACAUCACAAGGCGAGACCACCCCACCUCCACCUGUGGUUGACACCUCAGAGUCCGUGACAGAAAUUACCUCCAGCAGCUUUGUCAUCUCCUGGGUUUCCGCCUCUGACACAGUCUCUGGCUUUAGAGUCGAAUAUGAGCUUAAUGAGCUGGGACAGAGCACUGGACAACCCAUUGUACUUGACCUGCCACGUACAGCUACCUCAGUGAACAUUAAUGAGCUUCUACCUGGGAGGAAGUACACUGUUAAUGUCUAUGAGGUUAUAGAAGGUUCAGAGGACAACCUCAUUCUUUCUACUUCACAAACCACUGCACCUGAUGCGCCUGCUGACCACGAAGUGGAGGAGGUGGGAGAAACUUCAAUAAUGAUUAGCUGGGACAAACCACUGGCUCCCAUCACUGGCUAUCGUGUCGUCUACACACCAUCAUUGGAAGGUGAAAGCACAGAGCUGACUCUCCCUGAUACAGCCACGUCCGUGACUCUGAGUGACCUUCGUCCUGGGAAAUUGUACAACAUCAGUAUCUACGCUGUGGAGGACAGCCUGGAGAGUGAGCCUAUCUUUGUACAGGUCAACACAUCUGGAGAUCCACUGCCAGAGGAAGUGACUUCUCCUACAGAUCUGCAGUUCUAUGAGGUUUCAGAUAAGAAGAUCGUUCUGACGUGGACCGGCCCAACCAGCGAAGUCUCAGGUUACCGAGUCACAGUGGUCCCUGUGGAUGAGUCUGGUACCCCCCAGAGAGAGAUGACUCUGCCUGUCAGUCAAAACUCCUACAUUGAAGUGACACACCUACAGCCUGGAACACUUUACCGCUUCAGUGUCUACACCAUUCACCAUGGAGAGGAAAGUCUACCACUUAUUGGGGAGCAAACCACUAAGCCUGAUGCUCCCACAGAUAUCCAUUUCAUCAACGUGACUGAUGACAGUGCCGUGAUGCUGUGGUUUGCCCCCCGUGCCAAAAUCAGUGGCUACCGUCUCUUCCUCACUGUUGAGGGCUCUAACCCUAAGCAGCUGCGCCUGCCUGGUCGCCUUUCUCAAUACACCCUCCUCAACCUGAAGCCUGAUACGAAGUACACUGCUACACUGCAUGCAGAGCAAGACAAUACACUGAGUGCAGGAGAGACUGCGGUGUUUAUAACUAACCCACCAAUGGGUAAUGCCCCACAUUUCAGCACUGAUGUGACUGACACCUCCAUUAUAAUCUCCUGGACUCCAGUACCGCGCAUUGGAUACAAGUUGACAGUGCGUCCCAGUGAGGGCGGAGAAGCCCCUAGAGAUGUGACCUCUGACUCAGGAAGUAUAUACGUUUCUGGUCUGACUCCGGGAGUGGAGUACACCUACAGCGUUCAGCCAAUCGUUAACGGCCAUGAGCAGGGAACCCCAAUCACACGCCGUGUUGUUACACCUCUGUCUCCUCCUACUGAUCUCAACCUGGAGUCCAACCCAGGCACUGGAGAGCUCACUGUCCAAUGGAGCGGAGCCAGUACACCAGAUAUCACUGGCUACAGAGUAACAUGCACUCCCACCAAUGGGCAGCAAGGAAACAGUCUGGAGGAGUUUGUGGAGGCAGGGGAGAACUCCUGCACCCUGGACAACCUCAGUCCAGGAGUAGAGUACAAUGUCAGUGUUGUGACUGUUAAGGAUGAUAUGGAGAGCUCUCCCAUAUCAACUAUCAUUACACCAGGAGUCCCACGGUUGACAGACCUCAGCUUCGAUGACGUGAGUGACACCACUAUCAGCCUCAACUGGUCACCACUCAACACCACAGCCAUCACUGGUUAUAGGAUCACGGUGGUGGCAGCCGGCGAGAGCGUGCCCAUCUUUGAAGACUUUGUGCAGCCAACGACUGGUCAUUAUACGGUCUACGGGCUGGAACCUGGUAUCGACUAUGACAUUAGCGUGAUCACUGUGACGGAGAAUGGCGAGAGCGAACCUACCACCAUCACACAACAGACUUCUGUACCAGCCCCCACAAAUCUGGGCUUUGGCCAGGUUGGACCAGACAGUAUGGAAGUCACCUGGGUCUCCCCCCAUGUCCCCAACAACGCUGACAUCAACACCUUCCUCAUUAGGUAUCAUCCCAUUGACGAUGAAGAUGACAUUACAGAAACCAGCUCAGGAACCAACAGCGUGGUGCUGAGGAAUUUGCUGCCUAACACCGAGUAUCUGGUGAGCGUGGUGUGUGUCUAUGAGCAGAGGGAGAGCUCACCACUCGUUGGCACCCAGAAAACAGCUCUGGAUUCACCAGUGGGCCUGCGUUUCUCUGAGAUCUACACCAACUCCUUCACCAUCCACUGGCUGGCUCCCCAGAGCAAAAUCACAGGUUAUCGUAUGCGUUACCAGAUGGUCAGCGGUGGGAGGUCCAAGGACGAGAGGCUGCCCCCCUCAAGGAACCACUUCACUCUAACAGGACUCACUGCAGACACUGAGUACCUGGUCAACAUCUAUGCAGUGAGUGGGACACAAGAGAGCCUGCCGCUCAGUGGGACACAGAAAACAAUCUCCGAUGCUCCAACAGACCUGGAGGUGCUAGACUCCUCCCCCACCAGCAUCACUGUCCGCUGGGACUCCCCUCCUGUCACUGUGCGCUACUACAGGAUCACUCAUGGAGAGACAGGAGGUCACAGUAAUCCUAAGGAGUUCACAGUGCCUGGCUCACAGUCUACCGCAACAAUCAAUAACCUGAAGCCAGGUACUGACUAUACUAUCACCGUCUACGCUGUAACUGGAAGAGGAGACAGCCCCGCAUCCAGCACUCCGAUCUAUGUCACACACAGGACAAGUUCACAGAACCAAGGGAGAACAAGUGUUGAGUCUCCUUCUGACAUGGAAGUGAUGAAUGUGAAUGAUAACAGUGUCACAGUGAGGUGGAGCCCAGCGCAGGGCCCGAUCAAGGGAUACAGGGUGACUGGGGUCCCCAAAAACGGACAGGGUCUGUCUUUCUCUGAAGUGGUGGCUCCAGAUCAGACAGAGAUUACUUUCUCAGGCCUGAUGCCUACAGUAGAGUACACUGUGAGUGUUUAUGCUCUGGGACAAGAUGGAGAGAGCUCUCCACUGGUGGUGAAUGCCUUAACAAAUGUAGACCGUCCCAAGGACCUGACCUUCUCAGACAUUGACUCCACCUCACUGCGGAUCACCUGGGACAGUCCUGAGGGAAUUGUUACAUCUUACCGGGUCUUGUAUUCAAGUUCAGAGGAGGGUGAGAGAGAGCUGCGCCCUGCUCCCCGAGGAGAUGCAGAGUCCACUGUUAUCUAUGGUCUGCAACCAGGCACUGAAUACACUGUGAAGGUCAUUGCCCUGCAUGAUGACACGGCCAGCACACCACUGGUUGGAACACAAGCUACAGCGAUCUCACCCCCCACCAACCUCGAGUUCUCCCAGGUUGGCCCUACCUCUUUCACUAUGCGCUGGGCUGUACCCGGUCAAGAAAACCGACUAUCUGGCCUGACCGGCCUCACGGGUUACCGUGUGGUGGUGAACCCUAAGAACAAGAGCGGACCGACCAAAGAGAUUAACCUGGCCCCGGACACCACACAGGCACAUAUCUCUGGACUCAUGGUGGCAACUGUCUAUGAGGUGCAUGUUUAUGCCUUGAAAAACUCGCUAACCAGCAGGCCACUCCAAGGAGAGGUCACCACACUGGAGAAUAUCAGCCCCCCUCGCCGCGUACGUAUCUCUGACGUUAACGACUCCUCCAUCACUCUGACCUGGCGCUCUAAGACAGAAAUCAUCUCUGGCUUCCUGGUUGAGGUCACACCUAUUUCCUCUACAGGCUAUUUACCAAUCCAGAGGACCAUCAGCCCUGACUUGCGCUCAUACACUAUCACAGGUCUGGAGCCCGGCACCAAUUAUAAGAUCAACAUGUAUACACUGAAAGGAAAUGGACGCAGCGCACCUCUCACACUCACCGCCUCCACAGCCAAACCAGUGGUCAUCCCACCCACCAAUAUCCGCUUCACUUCCCUGAACGCUCACAGCAUUUCUUUCACCUGGGAGCCAUCCCGCAGCCCAGGGGUUACUGGGUAUUAUGUGACCUAUGAGGAGGCUGGCGGUUUGCCCCGAGAAGUCACCCCCAGGCCCCAUGCAGGCCAGAGCUAUGCCCUUAUCAAUGGUCUGAAACCAGGAACAGAAUAUGUCAUUAAGAUUGUUGCCCUGCAGAAUGCUUUGAGAAGCACACCUCUAGUGGGCAAAGCCAGAACCCAGCCAUCGACAGAUCAUCAACUAUUGGUCCCAGAGCUGCCUCAACUUCCUGUUCCUCACCGACCCAGCACUGACCACCUGGAUGUUCCAGAGCCCUAUGAUGACAAGAUCUCCACCAACCAUGUCCAUUUGGCUGGUACUGGUGGCCAGAACCAACCAGGCCAGCAGGGUCAGCACAUUUACACAGAGUACCAGAGCCUUGGCCCUAAUAACGGUCUUGGCCCCAACGGUGGACCAAAAGAAGGCCAGAGACCCACUCUUAGAGAACCCCUGGUCUACAUUCCUGUAGCAGGCCCUGAUGGAAACAGAGUACCCCUGGUGAAAGUGAGUGAUGGACAUCUGCCAGGUCUUGCAUUUGGUUUCCCUGACAAUGAGACAGAUUUCCCCCAAGAAGCACAGACAAUUACAACCAUCUCCUGGCAACCCAUCCCUCAGACUUCAGAGUAUGAGGUGUCCUGUAAUCCUAUCACACACACAGAGGAAGGAAGCUUUCAGAUGCGUCUUCCUGGCACCUCCAACAGCGCCACACUGAUUGGCCUGACAUCUGGAGCCUCCUAUAAUGUCAUAGUGGAGGCCAUGAGGGGCGGAGCUAAAGAGAAGGUUCUGGAGGAAGUCAUAAACGUUGGCAAUGCCGUUCCAGGUGACAUCCCCAUUUCCACCAACCGGGAUGUGUGUUAUGACACAUUCACACAGACCUACCAUGAGGUGGGCUCAGAGUGGGAGCGCAUGUCUGAGACAGGCUUCAAGCUGUGGUGCCGCUGCCUUGGCCUGGGCAGUGGCCAUUUUAGGUGUGAUUCAUCCAAGUGGUGUCAUGACAACGGUAAUAACUACCGCAUCGGCGAGAAGUGGGAUCGCCAAGCUGAGAACGGUCACAUGAUGAGCUGCACCUGUCUGGGCAAUGGCAAGGGAGAAUUUAAAUGUGAACCCCAUGAGUCGACAUGUUAUGAUGAUGGGAAAAUGUACCAGGUUGGAAACCAAUGGCAGAAGGAAUACCUGGGCGCCAUUUGUACCUGUACCUGCUACGGAGGACAACAGGGCUGGCGUUGUGAGAACUGCAGAAGGCCGGGAGGAUCGACCGAUGUGGACGCUGACCUCCUUCAACCUGUUAGCCCAGAUGUCUUUGACCGCUACAGAGAAAACGCUCUACGCAAACUGAACAUCCAGUGUCCAAUUGAAUGUUUGAGGCCGGAGUUGCUUGCAGACGCUAUCAGCCCCUCAGAGUAGAGAAGAAAGGAGGACGAGUAAAGGAGGAUGAAGAAGUGAGACCCCUUACAGCGUUGCCACCACUUCAAGAAGGACACCUCCUCUUGCUUUCAUUAAAAGAAGGCACUUCAAUCAGACCUGUGCCUUUUUUAAAGGUUGUCCUCUCUGCAAAUUUUAGUGCGUUAACAAGACUUUUCUACACCAAACCUCUGUGCCUUUUCAAAGAUCCAUCCAACUUUUUAUGUUGGCUGUGUCUCUUUUUUUGACAGAAACAAGGAUUUCUUCAUCAAAUUAACUUUUGACACAAAUCUGCCAGAGCACAAAUCCUGCUGCUUUAUCACCUCAAACCUGCCUACUCCAAACACACUGUAGGCUACACAUGCACACACACACUCACACACACACAUACACACCAGAUGCAGUAUUGUUGUGUAUUCUUAUAUACUGUUGCAUCGAGUCUUUUUUUUUUUUAUUUGUUCAAAUUUAAAAACAUUCCAUGACAAUUCGCUUCUUUUGACCAAGACAAUACACACCGCUCAAAACAGGACUUACAGGACUUCAUAUAAUUGACUUAUUUGUAGCCAUAUUUGUUGCAUUUCCCCUUAAAAUUUAUUGUAAUGAAAUUCCAAAGUCCAAAGCCAUACACUGUCGUCCAAAGUUGUUGUCUCUAUUGUUAAAUACACACUCCAACAUCCACAGCUCCAGUCUCAGCUUGAGUAACCUCGACAGACACGACAGUCACAGUCAGUUUUAAAUAAAAUGUGUCAGGACAGUUUUUUUUAUCAACCUGCAUCAGAAUUCUUUGUAAUGAAGGGGGUUACCGUCAUAAAAGCUGUGCAGUAAGUGUCCUGUCUGUCUCCUUGUGGUCAGUAUUCUGCUCUUGUGAUGAGCAAAGCAGUUGGUCACUAGGAUUUCUCUUCAAAUGACAAGCACAACAGACUUUCCUUAAAGAUAAGCACUGCUACUUUUGAGUUAAUAUUAAAACCCGUUGCCUCGUUAUUAUUACAGCGCAGGCUCUUGAAGUCACCAUGUAAAUGUUAUUGGGUCAUCUGUGGGUGUUAUAUAAGCACCUAACAAAUCUAAAGCCAAAGUUGACUGACCAAAAAGUUAAACCUGUUCUCACAAAAAUGUAUUGGAAAAUUCACCAUUAUUUUCAGGUGAGAUGUAUUUUAAUUAACAAAAUGUUUGUAAUUUUUUUUUUUUUUUUAAUUUUUAAUGAAUUUCUUUUAUUUAUCCCUUUUUAUUCAGGCAUUUUGUUCAAUGCUAUUUUGGGGUGUACACUUUGUUUGAUUAACUUGUUUUUUUUAUGGUUGGUGCCAAACUCUGAACUACUGUGGACUGAAUCUUUUUAAUAAACUGAACAAAAUCCCA